CGCAGUGGGCAGCAAUAUCGCGUCGUCCCAGGCCUAUUGUGCAUAUAUUCCCCCAUUCCUCUUCCCUUUGGCGCUGUCCGCACCCCCAGAGAAGCUCAAUACUGCGACUGAGAUCGUUCGUCAAUCAACCUGUCAAUAUACACUUGUCCAUAACCCAGCAACGAUUCAACUACAAUCAGAAACGAGAUUUAUUGUCCUAACCUUCCACCCACGCCGAAUUUUACGCUUCUGGCCACGCGAACUUCCUUGAACUUGCUGCGCGAGACAUUGGGACAAUCAUCCGCUUCUCAUUCACGAUUCUUGGUCGAUGCCAGCAGUGGCCGCUCAAGCAAUGAAACCAACGAAAAUCGACCUGGCAGCCACUUGACCACUCCCUCGACAGACCAAUAUGCUCGCCAACGAAUGCUAGAUCACUUGGAUGGCAGUUACGAAGACGGUUGGAGCACUGCCAAUCAUUCUGACCAUCUCGCCGACGUGUUGUCAUCAUUGCUGGUCCUCAUGCACCAGGUCUUCCUUCGCCUUCACCCGACACACCUGCACCCCUUGUUCGAAUCAGUGCAUCAGUAUAUGCCGAGACGGUCAAGUCAUCAAGCAUACCUUCCGAUCUGGCAAGUCCAAACCUUGCAGACUCGCCACGGUCUCUGACAGGCUCCCCACGACGCCCCAGCGGUCUCAUGCAGAGACAGAACCGUGGGUGGGUGAGAAACCAAGUGUCGGCCCCAAGCCUGAUAGUAUAUGCGCAAGAACCUGCAUAUUAUCUUCCACCACCAAACAUUAUCGAGACUACCAACGACAGUGAGGCUGACGAAGCUCCUGCUCCCGAACUUGCAAACGAAGCAGGGAAGACUCCGGCGCACCACUCUCAGCCGAGUGUAUCAAACUCGGUGCAGGCGCAGUUCUUUGCUGCC